CUUCCUGCAGCUGUUUCCGUCCGUGUCCGGUGGCGCGGGAGCCGGGAGCCCCGGGCGUCCGGGAGGGCGCGGAGGCGGCCCCAGCUCCUCUCCCCGCCCGGCCCGGGAUGCGCGGCGCGGCCGGGCUCGGGGCGCAGCGAGGUCCCCAGCGCCCCAGUAAGUGCGCCGCAGCCGGGGCCCGCCGGGUCCGGGGCCCCCGAGGAGCGCCCGCGGGGGCGGCCGCCGCCGGGGGCUCCACGUGACUUUUGUUUUGUCUCGGGCGGCGCGCGCCGUUUGCCUGUGCAGCCCCCCAGAUCUGAAGACCAGGCUCUCCACUGGCCCCUGGAGCAUGCCCUUCCUCCUGCCCAAUGAUCCUCUUGCAGCACACCGGAUUUCCUCCCCCUGAGCAGCUCUCAUCCCCUCUUCCUAUGUCAGUGGCCACCAGAUCAAGAACCACCUUUCUGCUGUCCCCGCAGAGACCGCUGGGGCUGGAGGCUACUUUGCCCCUGGCCAGGGCACAGGAGCUCACUAGAGCUGGGACGGUGGAGCAAGAUUUUGCACUGGAGGAGCUAUGUAGGCCCUUGUAUUGUAAACUCUGUAAUGUCACCUUGAACUCGGCCCAGCAGGCUCAAGCUCAUUAUCAGGGUAAAAAUCAUAGUAAGAAACUCCGGAAUUACUAUGCGGCGAGUAGCUGUCCACCCUCUACCAGAAUGAGCAAUAUAGUGGAGCCCGUACCCCCUCCUGUUGUGCCAGCUCCCCCCCAGGUGGACGUCUCUAAGCCCGGCAGCAGAGUGAUCAGGGCCACAGAGAAUGAUUACUGUAAACUCUGUGAUGCUUCAUUUAGUUCCCUAGCCGUGGCCCAGGCUCACUAUAAAGGAAAGAAUCAUGCCAAGAAGACGCGACUUGUGGAGGCUCAGAACAACCUGUCCCUGGAUUCAUCAGAUGUGAGCCAACGGAGAGCCCGGAAAGAAGGAAAUGAAUAUAAAAUGAUGCAGAACAGGAGGAAUGCACAUGCUCUUCAAAAUAAUACAGGACCCUACUUCAAUCCUCGAUCUAGACAGUGGAUUCCCCGUGACCUUGCCAUGUGUGUCACCCCCAGCGGCCAGUUUUACUGCUCCAUGUGUAAUGUUGGGGCCAGUGAAGAGAUGGAAUUUCGGCAGCAUUUAGAAAGUAAACAGCACAAGAGCAAGGUGUCCGAGCAGCGGUACAGGAACGAGAUGGAGAAUCUGGGAUACUUAUAGUGAAGCCCAUUGCUCUGAUUGUCGUUUCCGAUAAAGCAGUUUGUCUUGCCUGCUUCUUUGCCUUCUGUCGACCUGUCCUGCUUUGUGGCCAUUUUUGACAUGAAUACAUGCCUCUGCUUUUCAUGUAGAUAUCUAUAAACCUAAUGGUUCCUUGAGGCGUUAAAAUCUGAUUCAAAAACAAUGAGCUUUUUGGGUCAUGAUGGGUUUUCAGGUUAGUUAUAUUCAGCUAAUCUCCAGAAGUCACGUGGCCUUACUGUAUGGGAAGGAGCUUUGGAAACUGAGUAGAUAGAUGCAGGGAAGUGUAGGUAUAGGAUGACUAGGAUAGUUGGUAUAAAAGGCUUUAGAGCCUCUCCUACACUUUAAUUCCUGUUCAUGCGAUCUCUCCGUAGAACUACAAGGGUCUGCCACUGUGUGCAUUUCAGUGAACUCCAGAAUUUCGAAUCCACCCUCUUUGUGGCCAGGCUUUAUUUUCAUUUUGCCUCCCACCCCUCUACCACUACUUUCUGCUUCAUAGAUAGGCUUUUCGACUUUAAUCGGCUUGUUUUGAUGUAGUUCUCAGCUGUGCUGUGGGUGUCAUGAGAUCCAAACCACUUUAAAUAACCUCGAUUUAAAAAUGGUAAAAUGUGUGUUUGAUUAAUCGCUUCAGAAAAUAGGCAAAAUUCUAAUCAGUUUUCAAUCCAAGGACUGUAUUAUGUUGUGUAAUAAUAAGCACUUAGGUGGGAGUUCCCGGCCAUUUGAUUUGGACUAUUUUAUGGACAUUAUGAACAAUUUCACACUCAUCCUCUAUAUUUGCUAGGCUGGACCUACUCAGUGUUUUAAGGGGUACCUACUCUAUUCUAUAAGUAAAGCAGGAUAAAAAUGUAUUUUAAUUUUCACUAUUUCUUCAUUUAAAGACACAAUGUUUGAUCACUUUUCUUUUUGUACUUUAUUUUCUCUGGAAUGACUACAAUCAUUUUAGAAUAUUGUGCAUGUAUGAUCAUUGAAUUACAUCUAUCUCCCGGCACCUCCUCUUCCCCAUCUGACUACUCCCCACUUCUUCUGCUCUUCUAUAGGUGCUUGGGUAACUAAUGUAGGCUUUGUGGUAUUGGGUGAAAUUGUUUACUUCAUAUCUCAGAAAGACUGUAACUUUGCUGCUUUUUUCUAACCUUUUGCUCCUUUUAAAAUAAAAAGGGCCAAGGCAAAAAGUUCUCUUAACAGAUAAUUUCUCUGUAAAGUUGAUUUUAGAUUGUAUCACUUGUCCAGUUCUUGCCUUUUGUUGCUUUUCUUAUAAUUGUUCUCAUCUUUUGCCAUUUUCCUUCAAGUAGAAUAUGAGAUCAAUUUCGGAGUACUGUAGUUUCUUCAUUUUAAUACUUGAACUUGGGGACAAUUAGAAGAUAGCUUAUGGACCUGCUUUCUACAAAAAAAGGUAGAGAUAUUGAGGGAUAGGUAUUUCUUUCUAGAGGCAGAAGGAUGAUCAACUCUGUGACCUCUUACAGGUUUCUCUCUCCACCCUCUUUAUUUUAAGAAAAACCAGCAUUUAUAGAUCUGCCUCAAAAACAAGAAAUUGAGUUAUUUUGGGUCUUUCCCACUGACCAGUAAGUUCCUCCUUUGCUGCUAAAUGUCUUUCUUUAUAUAUAAUAUCCUUGUGCUGACGUUGUAAUUCUGGGAAUCUGAAAGUUCUGUCUUCUGGUCUACAUCAGCUUGGUUACUUUUUAUUUGAGGUCCCAGAAAGAGCUUCUUAUUUCAGAACCCUUUGAAAAAAAUGCUGGAUGCUGAUUUUCUUUUAUAAACGUUGAAUUGCUCUCAUCUUUAGUUAUGCAUUUGCAAAUGAAAUAGAUGUAAGUUUUGGUCUUAAUCUUCCAGUUGCUCUAUACACUGGAAAUACACUUGUUUAUUAUUUACUUAUUAUUUCUUACUUGUGUGACCUUAAAAAGGCAACUUCCCCUUAGGGCUUGUUUUUCUCACCUGUAAAUGAAAGAAUGAGCCAAGAUGGCUUAAGGAAUGGAGGCUCCCAGUGCUAUUUAAUGGGUGUGAGGAGCUAAAAGAUGUAGUUCAUUUGUUGUUCUCUCUUAUUUUAAAAUUAUUAUUUUUUUUAAAAGAAAGUCAUAUGAAAGAUAUUAGCUUUUUCUAGCUAUAAUUUUUUCCCAGUUGAGGUUUCCUUGCACUAAAAAAGAGCCAGCAGUUUGGGCACAUAAUGAUUGCCUAGAACAAUUCAGUCUUAUUCUUUCUAACUUCAGUAUUUUUCUGUCAAGCAUCGCUCAUUUUCAUUCUUAUUGGUUCCAUUCUGUGUCCACUGGAAGAAUCCCAAAGAGAAAUUCCCCUUUGGAGUCUGUUUUUGCCAUGAAUUACAUAUGGAUGAUAUUUCAAAAGGAGAAUGAUAAAAAUUACUUGUUAGCAUGUCUUGAUAUUAAUACAAAUCUGCACAAUUGUGAAUUCUGUCUUUCUUUUCCAGGGCCUACUUUCUCUCAGGUCAUGUAGCCUCCUGGUGGUAUUUUGAGCAAUUGGAUGAGAGAAUUAAUGAGUUUUCUUUUUUCCUUUAAAUUGAGCCCUCUUUUAAUAUAAAUACUUUAGGGCUUCAAUCCUAUUGCUCCCCAGAUUCAUAUUCGUAUGUGUGUGUGUGUGUGUGUGUGUGUGUGUGUGUGUGUGUAAUAUGUAUGUCACAUAUGCUCUGUGUGAGAAAGUUUGUCAUUUUAAAAUCUUGGAGAUGUUUAAUUUGAGGUAUUCUUAAACUGGGGUCUGUGAAAUUUAUUUUUAAUAUUUUGAUGAUUGUAUUUCAAUAUGAUUGGCUUCCUUUGCAAUCCUAUGUAUUUAUCUCAAAAGCAAAAAGUUAAGAAUUCUUUGAUUUUUCCUUAUAACUUUAGCUGGAAAAACUGCAUAAAACUUUUGGAAAAAUAGUGGCCACAAUAAAGAGUUAUGGGUAUUGCAGCUUUUCUUGUACUGUACAAAUUAAAAGGUUAAAGUUUCUGGUCUUACAGUCCUAUGGAACCUUCUUGCAGAUCAGUUGGUUAGUUGAUAAACAUUUAUUAAGUGCUUACUAGGUGCCAGACACUGUGCUAAAUCUUUGGAAUACAAACAACUCUUGCCCCCUAGGAACUUAAACUCUAAAACAGGGGCUUCAGACUUAUUUAAAUGAACAUAGAAAGUUUCAUAAAUGGGUACAUGGUCUUUAGGAGAUCCCUGUAAAGUGGGCAGUCCAAAUGCCUGCUUACUUCCUAGAAGGCAGAUGAAAGCAUCCCUCAUGCCUACAUCUGUUUUCCUUAGAUAAACAGCCAGGGAAUUUUGGAGUCAUUUGUUUCCUUAGAUUUUUAAUUUUGGACUUCUGAAAGUAACAUUUGAGAGGUCAGAUUGGAAGUAACUUGGCCAAGCCAUUUAACUCACUAGUAUCGCUUCCCUUGACAUAUAAAAUAGCCAACUAGUAUUAUUGGUUAUACUUAUUAACAUAAGAAGUUUAAUGAAAACUUGCAGGUGGAAAUAAAAAGAUGAUUAACCUAUAUGCUUAAAAUUAUUUAAAAAAAAAAGCUUGAUCUUUCUUCCUGUAGUUCACAGAUAAUAAAAAUAUUUUAAAAACUCAUUGACAGGCAACAUGGCAUGGUGUAUUGAAUGCUGAUCUUGAUGUCAAAAGGACCUGGAUUCAGGGCCUACUUCUGCUUUGUGGACUUGGAUCGGAGACUCGGGAGUCUUUUUGUCCUAAAAAAAUGCUAAGAUUAUAAAUUGUCAGUUUGAGUUAGUAGAAUUAGCCCCAUACUCGGAUGAAAUCAUGGAUUUGGGGACCCCUGUCCUCCAAAUUGUAUGCCAUUCAUUUUGAUGUUAAUUUCUUUACCAGUUCCCUGACAUAGGGUUAAAUGGUUUUCUCCUAAAAACUGCAUAUGGUCCAUAGACUGACAAUUUCUCCUCAUUUUGAGGGGAAGACUCCCUGAGGAAUCCCUUCCCCCACAUAUGAUAAGGAUAAGGAUCAAACCUGUGAUUUCAUUGGUCUAGAGAAAAGCUUCUUAAACUAUGGCUUGUGGUCCCAUAUGGAGUUUCAUAAAUGAAUGUGUGUGUGUGUGAAAUUAUAAUUUAUUAUCAGUAAUAAAUGUUUGACUUGUAAACUUAUUUUCUAGAGCCAUAUAUCCCGAGUUGCAUAAAAGUUUCUUGGGUGAAAAGGAGUCGCAAGUGAAAAAGGUUAAAAAGCUCUGGUCUAGAGAAUACUGGGUGAGGAAACUCUGCUGAUGGAACUGGCCCUUCCUUCUCUUCAACUUUAUUGUCUUAGAAAUUAAGUGACUUACUUAAAGUCACAGAGAAAUGUAGUAUCAAAGGCAGUACUUUAACCCAUCACCUCCUGGCUUCAAGGCCAUUUCCCCACCCACUGUGGUGUGUGUCCUUUUUUUUUUUUUUUUUGCCCAGUUCCCUCUUGCCUCCCGCAAUAGUACAUUUGAGAACCUGCAGACACGCUUGCUUAAAGUCCAGACUCCAAGUGCCUUUAGCAAGUGCUCACUGAUCCCAAGAGGGAAGAAACUGAUAAAGCCCAUUUUGGGGUAGUCUGAAUUCUGAUCCAGAGCUUGACAACCUGGAGCUCAGUAGAUUUGUGUACUCCUUUACACCAACAUUAUUUAGCAUGUAAUCUUAGUGUAACCAAUACUAAAUAAAGCCUGACUCUAUAUUUAUCAGAUACCAGAGUGUAGCUCCUGAAAAUUAACUCAGUUUUCCCAGUGACAAUGAUGGCUUUGCCCUAUCCCCAUUAUGAUACGUUUUUUCAUUUAUCUUAAAAUAUAUUUUGAGGUGGGAGAAUGAGGUUUAAUAUUUUUAGUACUCUUAAUUUCCACAUUCUUUUCACCCGUUCCAGAGGGAUCAUACUUAUAUGGCAGCCAGUAAGAUAUGUUGGAAAGGGUUAUCUUCUGUUAUGAAUUGUUCUUGCUUGUUUUAAGAUGUGUAUUUUAUAGCGCACAGAGCAGAGGGCUGUGUUUCUUUGCACCAUUUCAUUUUUGGUUCUUAAUUGCUUGUCCACUUUCAGGUGUAAGCCCAUAUUGCGAAUCUACCUUUGAGACAGUGAUAUAUUUUUUAAGGCAUCAUGUCACCUUGAUGAGUUAGGUGAAUGGAUCCCCUUUUGGAUCGGGCUUUUCUGCUUGUGUCUGUGAACUAUACAGACAAUUUUCACCUAAUCAGGAAACUCUUUGGUUGAGAUCAUUUGAAGAAUGUCAUCUUAAGGUUUCCUUUCACUCUUUUUAAAAUUAAAAGUAAGAUUUUAUUCCCCUUAUUGGGUUUUUUUUUAUUGACUUUUGGGAAUUAAUCUAUGGUUCUGUCAACCCUUGAUCAUUUAAGGUUGAUUAUCCACUCUGAGCUUUGUGCAGGUGGCUUUUCUACCUCCCAUUUGUUACCCCUUUUUAGGGUGCUUGGCUAACCUUGAAAAUUUCUUUGGCUUGAGGACAAGAGAGUAGAGAGAUGAGGUGAAACCGACCCUUUUAUUGAACAGGUUUCAGUGGUUGGAGUAAAAAAUGUCUGGGAGGUUGGAAGACUGAUACCAUUGACUUCAGUGGAGUGUUUGGAUUGACCAAGGACCUGUAUCUGUCAUCCUUUGGCAGAAGUUAGGGUGGAUAAUUGAAUGUUGAUUGCACUGUACUCCAUGAUCAUGAGCCUUAUUAAUGAUACAUAGAGCAUUUCUCUAGGGCUGUUCUAGACAUUAAUGAGUUCCAUGGAGUAUUCUUAUAUUUUAUUAUUUAUGUCUACUUGGUGGGUAAAGCCUGAUUUAUUUGGCCUAGGGCCUUGUGAGUAAGGGAGAAACAUUGAGCCAGAAUUAAAUCUUAGAAAUUCCUAACGCAUUCCUAACCUCAGACAAUGUGACUGGGUUUCAAAGCCAAUGAACCCUGCCCCUGGGUCCACACAAGGAUAAGAAAAUGUUCUACUUAUUGGAAUUUUAUUAUUUAUUAUAAAAUUGUUUUUAAAAACUUAUUUUUAAUCCUGAAGGAUUAAUAAUUGAUUCAGAUUAGCAACAUGUUAUUGAUAACACCCAGAGUCUCCCUCAGUCAGCAGCAUGUGAUCCUAGAUAAUACCCAGAGAUUCACCGAGAGUCAGGAAAUCCUUGGUUCCUGUCAAUCUCGGAAACAAUUGGCUAUGUGAUCCGAGGGUACACCAGGAGAUCUGGAACAAAAAAGAUACUUGAAACCCUGUGUAGGGGAAGAAAUCACUGGCCACCACAUUUACUCCUUUUUCAAAGUGCUAGAAGCCAUAGUGUUGACAGUUGCCUUUUAAAAAAAAAACAAAAAACUUAUUUUGCAUUCCAAAUAAUCCUCUUAAUCCACUCUUUCCUCUUUCUCUGUAAGUGUGCAUUAGUGACCCCCUCACUAGUGAAAAUCAAUGUUAUCUCACUGCGUGUAUAUUCUUUAUAUGAUGUAUUUUUAUAGAAAAUAAAAUCACAGAGCCUCAAGUGUCAUGAUGGAUGGUACUAUCUGAGAACAAAUCCCAUCUGGAACCCAGCUUAUGGUUCUCGACUGUGAAUCUGGAUGGGAAACACCCUGUAUAUUCUAAGUUCUCUUAUGAACAGAAAUACCAUUUUAAAAUGGGAAGUCAUUUGUUGUCUUGUUGCUUUAAAAACAUACGCGAGUCUUCUCUGUUUCUGUGACUCAGGGUGCCAUUUUGCAGGAAUUAAAUGGUAAUUUUGCAUUUGCUGAUGUUUACCUUUGUGAAAAGAGGGGUACUUCCUAAUGCACAGUGGCAGUUGAAUUUGUGUAUGCUAUAUCUGCUUAGUAAUGCCUUAUCCAGAUUAGGUCAGAGUAUGGUAGACAGCAUACCACAUGCCCCUUGUUUUGCCAUGACCUAAAAGUAGUGUCAGUGAAUGUAUGCUCUAGAUCCCAAAGCAUUUCUGGUGUUUCUUCUGGUCCUGAACUAUGAUUGUAGCACAGAGAUGCUUUUAAGUUGGAGGACAGAAUUCUGGUGAGGUUUUAAGUUGUUUUUUUUUUAAUUUUUAAUUUUUUCAAGAACCAUUGAUGUGGUGGUAUAAUGAGCUCCUUUGUGCUUUUUUUAGAGCUACAUCAAUGGUACAAGAUCUGGUCUGGAGAGUUCAGUCUAAACAGCAGGAAGGUAGAUCUUGUCCCUUAAACCUUGCCAUAAAUGUUGGCUUAGGAACUUGGGAGCUCACUGUUUAUUCCCCAUUUGAGAAAUCUCUCUUGUGUCUGGGGAUUGCGCAAAUGAUAAAGAUAUCAGGAUUAAAACCAACCAAAUGUGAAUUGUGAAAUUAACCUUGUUCUAUAACAUAUUUUGGGGGGUGGGGAAGGGUUGUUUUGCUUCCUUUGAUCACUGCUUAAUAUACAACCUGGGACGUGUUUAAAGAUGUAAUUGCUGUUAACUGGCUUCUUUUCACUUUUCAUUCUGGCCUCAUUUCUGUCCUCAUUUUAGUAAAGGCUUGAAGUUAUAACAGGUGUUUUGUGUCACAAUUUAAUAAAAAUAAUUUGAGCCUCA